AUGGAUUGCUUUUAUUUCAAGUCUGAUGUGAUUGUAGACGCAGCUACAAAAGUUAAAAUUUUAACGAAGAGAUCUUUCGCAAAAAUUUCAACGAAACUGUUCGACCCACUUGGAUUAAUUGGACCCGUCACACUACAAUUCAACCUUCUAUUUCAAGAAUUGUGGCAAGUCAAGAUUGGAUGGGACGAUGAAGUGCCCAAAGAGACGGAGAUCCAGUUCAGAACAAUAGUUGAAGAUCUCAAAGCAAUUGAGAAGAUACAAGUGCCAAGAAUGAUUUCUUUGGCACCAAACAAGCACAUGCAAGAAUUGCACAUAUUUUGCGACGCUUCAACAAAAGCAUAUGGUGCAGUGGCUUUCGCGAAAUCGCAAUAUCCAAAUUUCGUCCGCCUAAUUUGUUGCAAGACAAGAGCAGCGCCACUUCCGAAGAAUGAAGUAUCGCUACCGAGACUAGAAUUGCUUAGUGCCGAGCUCGGUAGUGUAUUAGCUGAAAGACUUGUCAAUGCAAUUGACAAGGUCCAAUGGAAAGUACAUCUAUGGACAGACUCAAUGGCAACGUUAGGAUGGAUAAAAGGUGAGCCAACCCGUUGGAAACUGUUUGUCAGAAACAGAGUUGAGGCAAUUAGAAGAAGGUCCAACCCAGAACAAUGGAGACACUGCCCUGGGAAAGACAAUCCAACAGACUACGCAUCAAGAGGAACCACGGUCAAAAAACUGAUUGCGGCUUCUUUUUGGUGGGGAGGUCCAUCCUGGCUGAUUUACGACGAAAAAGAAUGGCCGCAACAAGGAAACCUGACAUCAGAAGAAAUGCAGUCGAUGGAGAUUGAGGCAAGAUCCAAGAAAAGAAUCGAAAGUCUUGCAGUUAGCAGCACCCUGGAUUGGUUCGAUGCAUUGGCAUCAAGAGCAAGCAGUUAUCUGCGGUUUCUACGAACAAUUGCCUGGAUGUUUAGGCUUUUUAGAAGGGAUUCGCUCGGUAAGGCAAACGAAACGGUCAGAGGGAAGGAAAUACCAUGCCUUUCUGUCCACGAAAUCGCCACCGCCGAAAACUUUAUUUUGAAGUUUAUUCAAAAAAGGGCAUUUCCAGAAAUCUACGAAUCGCAUCAAGAUGGAAAACCGCCUGGCAAACUGCUAUGCAAUCUGGAAACCUUAAGACCUAUUUGGGAUUGGCAAGACAAACUGAUUCGAGUGACUGGAAGAGUAGGUCCAGCCUUAAAGGAAUUGCUGAUCGACACGCCGAUUCUUCUCCCAGCAAGCGAGAAGAUUGUGGACAAGAUGAUUCAAUAUCAUCAUGUCAAACGGAAACAUGCCGGUGUCCAAGACACUUUGACGUUUUUACGAAAUCAUUUUUGGAUAAUUCGUGCCCGCCAACGGAUAAAAAGUGUCAUCAAACAGUGUGUGAAGUGUCAACAAGUGCAAUCGCGUCCCUUCAAUGAAGAAACAGCUUCAAUGCCCUUGGAUCGUACCAAGAGAGCACAACCCUUUGAAGUUAUCGGGAUUGACUACUUCGGACCAAUGUACGUCUUAGAAGAAGUCAUCCUAAUUGAAAAAGACAGGGAAGGGAACGAUAUCGAGAAAACUCGUGUAGGAGAGAAAAAAGUGCAUGCGUGUUUGUUUACUUGUGCUGUCACAAGAACCGUGCAUUUGGAACUUGUGACUGAUUUAACUGCCCAAACGUUUAUGUACGCGUUAAGAAGAAUGAUGUCGCGUAGAGAAGAUUGCAAGAUUAUCUACAGUGACAACACGUCAACAUUUACAUGUGCGGCAAAACUGAUAUCAGAAGACCCCACCCUAGCCAACUGGUUUUCAAGCAAGGGUAUUACAUGGAAAUUCUCCCCCAGUCUAGCUCCAUAG